AUGACGAUGACUGAUCAUGAAAAAAAAAUUUUAGCUCCUUUAUGUGCCAUCCUUAGCCUCCUGGUACUUGCCGCGUUGACCAUUUUAGUAUGCAAAAUACUCAACAGCAACGGGAUUGAGACAAUAUUUGACAAAAUGUUUCGUUCCAAGUCUACCAUCUCAUACCCAGCCAACACAACAAACAAUCUCUCUUAA